AGGAGGCGGGAGCCGUGUCGCACGCAGCUCCAGGAGGGGCAGCCCCGGCGGCUGAGGGACGCAGCCAGACCUUGGCGGGACGGGGAUUUAACCGGGGCCCGGGCUCAGCGAUCAGGUGGAGACGUCGCCCGAGCCCUUUAGGCACCAGGGAAAUGCGGGUUUGCCUGCAAUGAGAUUUCAUUCUCUACAUUUAAAGGACAUCCCUUCUGAGCUGCUGUGAAUAAAUUUGGAAUGAUACUGUAUAUUUUCAUCUAAUGGAGAAUUAGCUGUACCUUGCAUAAGGAUUGCUACACUGGACGACUUCAGAAUAUUACUCACAAUGUCAUCAAACAGGAGUCAGAAUCCCCAUGGACUGAAGCAGAUUGGCCUUGACCAGAUAUGGGACGACCUCAGAGCUGGAAUCCAGCAAGUAUAUACCAGACAAAGUAUGGCAAAAUCCAGAUACAUGGAACUCUACACUCAUGUUUAUAACUACUGCACAAGUGUUCACCAGUCAAACCAAGCCCGAGGGGCUGGCGUCCCUCCUUCCAAAUCGAAAAAGGGACAGACGCCUGGGGGAGCUCAGUUUGUUGGCUUGGAAUUAUACAAACGGCUUAAAGAAUUUUUGAAGAAUUACUUGACAAAUCUUCUUAAGGACGGAGAAGAUUUGAUGGAUGAGAGUGUACUGAAGUUCUACACUCAACAAUGGGAGGAUUAUCGAUUUUCCAGCAAAGUGCUGAAUGGAAUUUGUGCCUACCUCAACAGACAUUGGGUUCGCCGUGAGUGUGAUGAGGGACGAAAAGGAAUCUAUGAGAUCUAUUCUCUUGCAUUGGUGACUUGGAGAGAUUGUCUGUUCAGGCCACUGAAUAAACAGGUAACGAAUGCUGUUUUAAAACUAAUUGAAAAGGAAAGAAACGGUGAAACCAUCAAUACAAGACUGAUAAGUGGAGUUGUACAGUCUUAUGUGGAGUUGGGGCUGAAUGAAGACGAUGCAUUUGCCAAGGGCCCUACGCUGACCGUGUAUAAAGAGUCCUUUGAAUCUCAGUUUUUGGCUGACACGGAGAGAUUCUAUACCAGGGAGAGCACUGAAUUCUUGCAGCAGAACCCAGUUACUGAGUAUAUGAAAAAGGCAGAGGCUCGUCUGCUUGAGGAACAGCGGAGAGUCCAGGUCUACCUUCAUGAAAGCACACAGGAUGAACUGGCCAGGAAGUGUGAGCAAGUGCUCAUUGAAAAACACUUGGAAAUUUUCCACACAGAAUUCCAGAAUUUGUUGGAUGCUGACAAAAAUGAAGAUUUGGGUCGCAUGUAUAAUCUUGUGUCUAGAAUCCAGGAUGGCCUAGGAGAAUUGAAAAAACUUCUAGAGACACACAUUCAUAAUCAGGGUCUUGCAGCAAUUGAAAAGUGUGGAGAAGCUGCUUUAAAUGACCCCAAAAUGUACGUACAGACGGUGUUGGAUGUUCAUAAGAAAUACAACGCCCUGGUGAUGUCGGCGUUCAACAACGACGCUGGUUUCGUGGCCGCGCUCGACAAGGUGAGCGCGUGGGCGCGGCAGCCGUCCGGCGGCACAGGGGCCCGCGUUCCUCUGACUCUGCUUUGUGUUCCGCAGGCCUGUGGGCGCUUCAUUAACAACAACGCGGUUACCAAAAUGGCCCAGUCGUCCAGUAAAUCUCCCGAGUUGCUGGCUCGAUACUGCGACUCCUUGUUGAAGAAAAGUUCCAAGAACCCAGAAGAAGCUGAGCUAGAAGACACGCUCAACCAAGUGAUGGUGGUCUUCAAGUAUAUAGAGGAUAAAGACGUGUUUCAGAAAUUCUAUGCGAAGAUGCUGGCCAAGAGACUCGUGCAUCAGAACAGUGCCAGCGACGACGCCGAAGCAAGCAUGAUCUCGAAGUUAAAGCAAGCUUGUGGGUUUGAAUACACCUCUAAACUGCAGCGGAUGUUUCAAGACAUUGGCGUGAGCAAAGAUUUGAAUGAACAGUUCAAAAAGCACCUGACGAACUCAGAACCGCUGGACUUGGAUUUCAGUAUUCAAGUGCUGAGCUCCGGGUCGUGGCCCUUCCAGCAAUCUUGCACGUUUGCCUUGCCAUCGGAGUUGGAGCGUAGUUACCAGCGAUUCACGGCUUUUUACGCCAGCCGUCACAGCGGCAGGAAAUUGACUUGGUUGUAUCAACUGUCCAAAGGAGAACUGGUAACCAACUGCUUCAAAAAUAGAUACACUCUGCAGGCAUCCACCUUCCAGAUGGCGAUCCUGCUUCAGUACAACACGGAAGACGCUUACGCUGUGCAGCAGUUGACUGACAGCACUCAAAUCAAAAUGGACAUUUUGGCACAAGUCCUACAGAUUUUAUUGAAGUCGAAGUUACUGGUCCUGGAAGACGAAAAUGCCAAUGUUGAUGAGGUGGAAUUGAAGCCAGAUACCUUAAUAAAAUUAUAUCUCGGUUAUAAAAAUAAGAAGUUAAGGGUUAACAUCAACGUCCCGAUGAAAACCGAACAGAAGCAGGAACAAGAAACCACACACAAAAAUAUUGAGGAAGACCGCAAACUGCUGAUUCAGGCGGCCAUCGUGAGGAUCAUGAAGAUGAGGAAGGUCCUCAAGCACCAGCAGCUGCUUGGAGAAGUUCUCACUCAGCUGUCCUCGAGAUUCAAACCGCGGGUCCCAGUAAUUAAGAAAUGCAUUGACAUUCUGAUCGAGAAAGAAUAUUUGGAGCGAGUUGACGGUGAAAAGGACACCUACAGUUAUUUGGCUUAACCCUUCUAGAAGGGUCUGACUGUGCGACCCACAGCAAAUAAUUCCUGGUGGAGAGAACAACUCAAGUUCAUAGCAGCCAGCCUGCCACCAUCUGGACCUCCCUUUUUAAAACUGAGACCGAGACUCCCCAGCAGCUGGUCUCAGGUGUACAUCAGAACUGCUCAGGAUUGAUACAUUUCAAGUCUGUAAAUAUGGACGCCAACGCCAUUUAACCUAAUUUAAGAACAGAGGGGACUCGAGGCUCCCCUGCUGAGGGCUGCAUGCUACUGCAUUUAAAUCAAUCCAUCGGCUACGGGGUUAACCGCUGUCGUCCUUGGCAGCUUUACAGCGUUGGCAGCACUUUGAGAGCAAGGCUAAUGGACCCACGUGUAAUCUGCUAUGAAAAACCAUUUGUAUAGUGUGUUUCAUUUUUUAAUGUGUGAAAAUAAAGAAAAUUAAAGGAUUUCUGUACAA